AUGCACGUGGAUCGCACUCUGCACAGCCUUGCUAGGCUGACUUGGUCGCGUGUGCUUACCAGAGAGUUCGGUACGACCCUCCUAGACGAGGAAGCUGCAAUAGGAGGGAUUGGCGGGGCUGCACCGAAGGGGGGAGCAGAACUCGCGCAGUCAGCAAUGGUGCCCGUGCCCAACCACGACGUGUCCGUGAUGCCUACGGUAGUAGAGGGCCGGCAGGGAGCGGGAAUUCGGGCGGCGGAGGCGGUGGAGGCGGUGGCAGAGACGAAGACGGAGUUAGAGGGGGCUGCGAUGUCGAAGGACUUGCCCAACGGGAGCGUUGUCGAGAGCCUGUUUUCUUCGAUCCGUUUUCGUGGUGGCACGGCAGACGCGCCACCAUCCCCGUCCCCUUACCCGUCUUCCUCCGGCGGGGCUAACGCGGCGAAGGGCGGCAGCAUGCGUGGAUCUCUGACGGAUGAGUCAAGCGGCAGAGGCUCCAUGCUUGCGAUGUUCAGGAAGGCCAGCCAUAGCUUCUCGUCCAACAGCGCUAUGUCCCGCAGUCACCGCGGCCACCACCAACGAAACACAUCAGACCUCCAAGGCCUCCAACGACGCAUGCCGGCUCGCGGCAAGUUGACGGAGGCUGACGAAGCCAUGCUCUCCGAUUCGGAGGCGGACUACGACGCGUUUGACAACAACUCGGAGAGGGUGGACAAGAAGCUGUUCUCGCCCAACUUCCGCUUCCUGCGGUGGUACGCGACCUUCAUGCUCGUCGCGCUGCUCACCUUCGUGUUCUACAACCCCAUCAGAAUCGCCUUCUUCCCCUCGGAACGUGGGGCUUGGUACGGGAUUGACCUAGUGUGGCACCUCGUGUUCGCCAUCGACGUGCUAGUUCACCUCAACACCGGCUUCGUCGACGGCACCGAUGGCAAGGUGGUUUACUCCAGAAUGGCCAUCUGCCGGCGCUACGCCAAGCACGCGCUGAUCGUGGACCUGCUCGCGGCGUUCCCGUUUACCUUCAUCCCCGGCCUGGGACCGGGCAGCGCAGACGGCAACCACGAGAUAGCCUACCUGCUGAGCCUGCCCAAGAUGUUCCAGGUGUACUGGCUCAUGACCAUGGUGUACGAGAACCACCGCCUCCACGAGGGGACGUUUCUGGCCGUCCGGACUCUUCUGUCCGUGGUCGUGACGGCCCACCUGUUCGGGUGCGGGUGGUACAUGCUGGCGACGUUGCUGAGCACGGAGUGCGAGGACCUGUACUUCGAAGGACUUCCGGAAGGGGAGUUUGUCUUCGCGAACGGCCUCGAGUACACUGCCGGUGACUACAUCGCCAGCGAGUGCCCCUGGAUCUACAGGAACGACUACGUAGCGCUCUCGAUGGGCAGGAGGUACCUCGGAAGCGUGUACUGGGCCCUGACUACCCUUACCACCGUCGGUUACGGGGAUCUCUCUGCCAGGACCCCGCCUGAGCAGAUCUACUCCAUGGCGGUCCAAAUCGUGGGUGUUUCGUGGUACGGGUACAUCGUCGGGACUUGGGCUUCCAUCCUCAACAGCUUCGACCGCAAGGACAAGGAACAGAGGAGCAAAAUGCGUGAGGUGGUAGCGUUCUCCAAGGCUGCCGGCCUGCCCCCGGAAAUGGCGAAGAAGGUUCGACAGCACUUCCGGUUUGCCCUGUACAGGCAGGACAACUGGAUCACCUUCAACGAGCAAGAGCUGGUGUCCGACAUGCCGGCGGGCCUCAGGGCGGACGUCAUCACGUACGUCCACGCGAACUUGAUCGCCCAGAUCCCGUGGCUGGAGGGCAAGGACAAGAACUUCGUGGCGGACGUGGUGAUCGUGCUAAAGCCGCGCCUCUUCAUGGCGGGAGACGUGCUGUACAGCAGGGGGUCUCAGCCGGAGGAAAUGUUCUUCAUCGCCAGUGGACUCGUGAUGCUCAAGUACAAGCAGGAGCGCGUGGGGUUCUUGAGGCACGGCCAGAUGGCGGGCUUGAUCGGGCUUGCCAGCUCCGAGAAGCACAGGAUUACGGCCGUGGUUGCCCAGAAGGACGCGCAUUGCCACGGGCUGUCUCGAGCGAACUUCACGAUGCUGGUGGAAAGCUACCCCAAGGAGAUGGAAGAACUUCGCGAGGCUGCCAAGAGCCUGCGGAAUGUUGGUGGUUGA